UAACGCUCAUGUUUGCAAAAAAAGCCGAAAGAAGUCCACGUAUCUUUCGGUAUUUGUCGUAUUUUACAAUCAUGCCAGCGUGUGAGCAGAGAGUGGACGACAUAGAAGACAUUAUUGGUUCCAGUGACGUCACGCCAGCCGAAAGAUAUGGCAACAAAUCUGAAGUGGUACCCAAAGUAAGACUAAGAAAAAAGAGCAAAAGAGAUGACAGCGGCCGACAGCCCAGCGUUGCUGCAGGAACAUGUGGAACGACCGGCGAGUCAAUACAAGAUGUGCUGGAUGAAGACGUCGUGAACUGCCAUAAAAGCAUCAUUCCUGGCACGCAGAAGAUCUAUGUGAAGACGUGGGGAUGCUCCCAUAAUAACUCAGAUGGCGAGUACAUGGCUGGCCAACUGGCUGCGUAUGGUUACCAAAUAACAGGCGAGCCGCAGGAGGCAGACCUCUGGCUUUUGAACAGCUGCACUGUCAAGAACCCGGCCGAAGACCACUUCCGCAACGAGGUCCAGCGUGCCCGGCGGCUAGCCAAGCACCUGGUGGUGGCUGGCUGCGUGCCCCAGGGCCAGCCCAAGCUGGACUACAUCAACGGGGUCAGCGUGGUUGGUGUGCAGCAGAUUGACCGGGUGGUAGAGGUGGUGGAGGAAACCCUGAAAGGUCACACAGUCCGCCUGCUGAAGCAGAAAAAAAAAGAAGGCAAGAAGAUUGGAGGGGCGCCGUUAGACCUCCCCAAGAUCAGGAAAAACCCACUCAUAGAAAUACUAGCCAUCAACACUGGGUGUUUGAACCAGUGUACCUACUGUAAAACCAAGCAUGCCCGUGGGGAGUUGGGCAGCUAUCAGCCAGAGGAGCUGGUGGAGCGGGCUAGGCAGUCUUUCCAAGAGGGUGUCUGUGAAAUAUGGCUCACCAGCGAAGACACGGGUGCCUACGGAAGAGACAUUGGGGUCACCAUCACUGAGUUGCUAUGGCAACUGGUAGAGGUCAUCCCGGAAGGUUGCCGAAUGCGCAUUGGAAUGACCAACCCGCCGUACAUCUUAGAACACCUGGAGGAGAUGGCCAAGAUCUUGAAUCACCCCAGAGUCUACUCCUUCCUCCAUGUGCCAGUGCAAGCCGGCUCUGACAACGUGCUGUUGGACAUGAAGAGGGAGUAUAGCGUUGCCGACUUCCAACAUGUUGUCGACUUUCUCAAAGAAAGGGUUCCUGGGAUAACAGUAGCCACUGAUAUAAUAUGCGGCUUUCCAACAGAGACAGAAGAGGAUUUUGAGGAGACCAUGAAGCUGGUAGAGCAGUAUAAGUUCCCUUCCCUCUUCAUCAACCAGUUCUUUCCCCGGCCUGGCACACCAGCAGCCAAGAUGCCCCAGGUGCCUGCCCAAGUGAAAAAGGCCAGGACAAAAAAGCUCUCCACCUUGUUUCAGAGCUACCGGCCGUAUGACCACAAACUUGGACAGAGACAGCAGGUCCUUGUGACAGAGGUGUCGCAUGACAAGCAGUAUUACGUCGCACACAAUAAAUACUAUGAUCAGGUGCUGGUUCCAAAGAAGGAAGAGUACAUGGGGAAGAUGAUGGAGGUCAACAUCGUUGAGACGGGCAAGCACUUCUUGAAGGGCCGACUGGUUGGUGAUGAAGGAGACAUCAUCGCACCGUCCAUAGCAAAACCCCUUGCCCUGGGACAGGUGUCGGGCAUCCAUUCGAUUCUUCAGAGUCCGGAACCACGUGAGUCCUGGUCGUGGGUCAACAUCACCAUGGCGAUAGUUGUUGGCACUUUCCUCGUGAAUGUGGCCAGGACAUUGCUGCACUACUUUCUGUACACAGGGGGCUGAUGGUAAUCUGGUCAUACGGAGCUAUACAGCAAGUCAAGUUUUUAUGAAUGUACAUAGAUCAAGCAACUGGGAUAAAUUUCUUAGCUUUGACUUUAUCUGUGCACAUCUUGGCAGGGUUUCAGGCGUGUAAAUCAUUAGUUUGCACCACACUGUCUGGUUCACAAUGACGUCACACUUCAAUACUUUAAUGCAACUGGGAUGUCAUACGUGUGGGACAAAAGGACAUGUGCGGCAGUGAACAAAAUAUUUCUGCCCACAUGCUCAUGCUAAACUCUGGCUCAUUGACGGCCGAGCCGUUGCGAUGUGAGACGUGUGUCUGAGUGAUGCAUGGUGAAUGCGGCUGGUCAGCCAUGCCAGUGUAUGUCAUUGUCACAUCAACAAGCGUCAACAGGCAUGAUCCUUGAACAAAGCACCAACAACCUAAAAAUGCACCCUAAAGUAUUGGCAAACUUAGGUGACCCUCACAUGUCCUGUUAUGUGCAACCCAGACCUUAAGGUCUCAGGGUACCAUGUUUUACAUUGACUUAUAGGUGCCUUCAUUACUUCAUUACUUUCUCUGAUGUGUUGCAAACUACAUGUAACACAUUACAGGUGCUUUUUCCUCUUGUUUUCCUAAGCUGUGACAUCUGUUCAUAUUAACCACUACCUGCCGGGGACUCCGAAAUCGGAGCCGUAUGGUUUAUAUGCGUGGCCGGGGUC